GUGCCGUUUACGUGCGUGUACGAGGCGGCGGAACACCGGAACAACGAACCACAGAAGGAAGUCGGUUGAUGCAGUGCACGAGUCGCGACUACUAAUUCUUUCCCUUCCCGUGGCGAAGACGACGAAGGAGAGAGGGUGGGGAAAUCAGGAUUCUUUCUCUUUCACGCUCCGCCUUCGUGUGCUUCUCUUCGUCGCAAUCUCUCUCCUUUCUUUAAUUCGAUCUCUGUUUCUGUCCAUUUUUGUUCUCAUGGACGGCAAUCUCUGAGGGGCCGUGGCGAGCGGGCGCGCCGGUUCUCGGCCUAACUGCAUGCGACCUCUAUAAAUCGUUUGACACCCUGCGGUCGAAAUCCUUCUCUCGCCAUCUUUCUCUUGCUCGCCUCCUCCGCCUCUUCUUCAUUCUCGCUCGGGAGGAGUAAAGGCAGCGUCUUGUUCUACUUCGUUGUCUCCUUCUAAUAAAAACGCACUUGUUUCCGACAGCCAAAAUGAUCGGAUCGCUUCUCAGUAGAGCGUUGUUAAUGGUCUUCGGCUAUGUUUACCCGGCUUACGAGUGCUACAAAACCGUGGAACUGAACAAGCCAGAGAUUGAGCAGCUGCGAUUCUGGUGUCAGUAUUGGAUUUUAGUUGCAUCACUAACAGUUCUUGAGAGGGUUGGGGAUACCUUUAUUUCAUGGUUGCCAUUGUACAGUGAAGCAAAAUUAGCGUUCUACAUAUAUCUGUGGUAUGCCAGAACAAAGGGAACAACAUAUGUCUAUGAAAAUUUCUUUCGACCAUAUAUUGCAAAGUAUGAAACCGAGAUUGAUCGUAAUUUGCUUGAGUUGAGAAAAAGGGUUGGGGAUGUGAUGGUACGGUUUUGGCAGAAGGCAGCUAGCUAUGGCCAGACAAGGUUCUUUGAAUUUUUACAGUAUGUUGCUUCACAGUCACAGGCACCAAGAGAACAGGGUGUUCAGCAAAUACAACAGCAAUUGCAAGCACCCUCUGCAUCAUCAGUUGCUCAACAAAAACAGUUGGACCUCUCUCAACAAACAUCAACAGUGCUGUCGAGGCCUACAUCAUCCGGUGGUGUUCAUCCAGCGGUCUCUCCUGCCCAGCCACAAGCACCAGUGCCCAAUCUUGCAAGUAAGGAGCAAAUGCAGGUCAAAAUAAUCGGUUCUCCGGCCAAUGAAGACUCAGAUAGGACAUCUCAAGGGACUGUAAUUGAAGAUGUGAUACGGAUGGCACGCACAAAGUUGAGAAACCGAACUGCUGUCAGCUCCUCUAGCCGUUGGGAGAAUAGUGAAGAAAAAAGCAUUGCUUGAUGAUUUGUUUGAUUGCUAAUGUAGUUUCGAAUUCCCCUAUAUGUAAAUAGAGUUCACUUUAAUCUGUAAAAUACAUACAUACAUCAACGGAUAUGAUAAUCGAGAUAGAGCAGUUAGAACUCGUUGAUUGUG